AUGGUCGAAACAAUCAAAAUCGAAACAACAAUACCUAUAAAAACAACAAUACUCGCUCACCCCCUCAUCCUACCUCUUCUUUCUCUUCCUCUGCCUAUUCUUCUACCUACUCUUUUCCUUCGCCAUCUUCUUCUCCACCUCCUUCCCGUCGCGCCACUCAAUGUCACCAGACUGGCAUGGUGAGUUCGCUCACUCUGGCAACCUGGAAUGUUCGUUCCCUUUUAGCCAAUCCGAGGAGCAACCGACCGGAACAAAGGACGGUGCUAGUGGCACGGUGGACAUCGCCUCACUCAGUGAGACCCGAUUCUUCGAACAAGACCAACUAGAGGAGGUGAAUGCCGGCUAACUUUCUUCUGUAGCGGUCGACCCAGGGCAUAGCGACGGGACGCGGGUGUCGCCUUCGCCAUUCGGAACGACAUCGUGGGACGACUUCCCUGUUUGACGCAGGGCAUCAACGAUCGCCUACUGAGCCUCUGUCUGCCUCUCCGGGGUGGGGGCAAAUUCGCCACCAUCAUCAGCGCCUACGCUUCGACGAUGACCAACCCCGACGCGUCAGAGACAAAUUCUGCGAGGACCUGCACGCCCUCUUGGCGACUGUUUCGAAGGCGGACAAGUUGAUUGACCUUGGCGACUUCAACGCCCGCGUCGGCACAGACCAUACUGCCUGGAGAGGAAUGCUGGGUCCCCACGGUCUCGGCGGCUCCAACGACAACGGCCUGUUGCUUCUCCGCACCUGCGCAGAACACCGCUUCAUCCUGACGAACACCUUCCUCUGUCUGCCGGAGCGAGAGAAGGCCACCUGGAGGCAUCCUCGGUCGCGCCAGUGGCACCUGCUGGACUACGUCCUCGUCCGGAGGCGAGAUCAGCGGGACGUGCUGGUGACGAAGGCGAUCGCGGGUGCUGACUGGUGGACCGACCAUCGCCUCGUCAUCUCGAAGAUGCGUAUUCGCCUACAGCCUAGCAGGAGACCACAAGGUAAGCGACACCCAGGCAAGCUGAAUGUUGCCUUGUUGUCUUUGCCCGCUCACCAUCAUCAUUUCAGCAAUGAGCUAGCUCAGCGGCCAAACAACCUUCCUAUCGCUGCUGCCGCCGAUGCUGCCGCUGCCGAGAACGCCUCCGUGGAGAACCGCUGGUGUCAACUGCGAGACACGGUCCAGUCGACGGCGCUCGCCUUCCUCGGUCGCGCUCCCCGCCAACACCAGGACUUGUUCAAAGACAGUGACACCGCCAUCAGAAAUCUGCUUGCUGAGAAGAACCGCCUACGCAAAGCCUACGAAGAUCACUCCACUGAUGCCACCAAAGCUGCCUUCUACCGCAGUCGCCGCCAACUUCAGCAACGUCUGCGCGAGAUGCAGGACGCCUGGACUGCUCGCAAAGCUGAUGAGAUCCAAGCGUACGCGGACCGUAACGAAUGGAAGAACUUCUUCUCUACGAUCAAAGCUGUCUACGGUCCGCCGACGAAGGGUACUGCUCCUCUCCUCACCGCCGACGGUAGCACUCUCCUGACUGAGAAGACGCAAAUCCUACAGCGGUGGGCCGAGCAUUUCCGAGGCGUCCUCAACCGUCACUCCACCAUCUCCGACGCCGCCAUCGAGCGUUUGCCGCAAGUGGAGACCAACGUGGACCUCGACCGCCCGCCAUCUCUCCAGGAGAACAUCAGGGCCGUGCAGAAGCUCUCCAGCGGGAACGCACCCGGAUCGGACGCAAUACCUGCUGAGGUCUACAAGCACGGAGGUCCCCAACUGAUGGAUCACCUGACUGCGCUCUUCUAA